UCGAUGUGCUCAUUAUUGUCGAGGCUCUAACAGUUAGCUGGCCUCGUAACUACGUGGUGAGAAUCACGCGGUGUCAUUUUUCACAAAUUAAGAAGAAAAAGGUGUCUGCGAGAAGAUAGGAUUGUAACCAAACACAAGUCGGUUGCUACAUUUAGAUUUAACGUAUUUUAAGUUAUACUAGCUAGCUAGCUAGCUAGCAAAUCAUUUCAUAGAGCCUGAGACGCAGGUAGCAUGUGUGAACUGGCUGCUCAUGUCACCAGCAGCUUGCUGCCCUUUCCAGAGGUGACUAUGGAUGCACUCGGAGAGGAUGAGAUCAGGCUUGACUCUGUCCUUCAUGGGAAAUUUGCCACUGGGAAGAGCGGGCUAGCCUGGCUGGCCUGCGGGCCCCAUCUGGAAGUGAUCCAGGCGACCACAGGGGAACGGUUCUCAGCUUAUCGCUUCAGUGGUGUGAAUGAGAAUGCACCAAAUGUGCUGGCCGUGCAUGACUUCUACUGGCUGAAGAGGUUGGGCCUGUUGGUUGCGUUGGAGGAAUCGGCGGGCAGCAUCCUCUGCCUGUAUGAUCUGUCCAUCUCCCGCGUUGUCAAGGCUGUGGUCAUCCCAGGAAGGAUCACUGCCAUCGAACCACUGGUGAGCUAUGGGGGAGCCAGCACCAGCACCCAGCACCUGCACCAGAGUCUGCGCUGGUUCUUUGGCGUGGUGGCAGUGAUCACAGACGUGGGCCAUGUCCUUUUGGUGGAUCUCUGCCUGGAUGACCCGUCCUGCAGCCAAAGCGAGCUUGAAGCCUCAGACUUGGAAGUGGUAAACAAGUCCCCUGCAGAGAUCCCCCACAUUCGGGAGAGGGUAACACAGCAGGGGCGGCAUCUCUGCCUUCAGCUGUGCAGCCCCACAGGCACGAGUGCCACUGCCCUACAGUAUGUCACCCGCACAAACCAGCUGGCGGUGGGCUUCUCCAAUGGCUACCUACAGCUCUGGAACAUGAAGACGCUGAAAAAAGAGUACCAUUCCCAACUGGAGGGGGGCAAGGUGCCUGUGUAUGCCUUCACCUUUCAAGAACCUGAGAAUGACCCUCGUAACUGCUGCUACCUGUGGGCCGUGCAGUCAACCCAGGAUCAUGAGGCGGAUGUUGUCAGUCUCCACCUGCUUCAAUUGGCCUUCGGAGAGAGGAAGUGUCUAGCCCUGGGAAAGAUACUUUACGAGGGUCUGGAAUACUGUGAGGAACGCUACAGCCAGGACCUGAAUGUCACCACCUUCCCCUCCAGGGCUCAGGCCACCCACACACGCCUACUGGACUGUCAAACCAUUGAGAAGUUCCGGCACCACCCUGAUCGUGAUGAUAGCAUGAAUGAAGGUGCUUCUCCUGACACCAGUGUGUCAAUAUUCAGCUGGCAAGUGAAGUCAUAUGGGCAGGGCAGGCCCACAACAUAUGUUGGGCUUUUUGACAUCAAUAGAUGGUACCAUGCCCAAAUGCCAGACUCUCUGAGAGCCGGCGAGUCUCUGCAUAACUGUCCAUACAUGGCUGUCUGGUCUUUGGAUGCUGUGGUGGAGUUGACCUCGCCCUGCUCCCUGCUGGAUAUUGCAGUGCACGAGCGUACCCUGAGCAGGGGUCUGCCAUACACGUGCCCUCUUCCUGAACAAUUCUUCAACCCCACCACCUACAACUUUGAUGCAACGUGUUUGCUGAACUCUGGAAUCAUUCACGUGACAUGUUCCGGAUAUCAGAAGGAGACAUUGAGGUUCUUGAAGAAGUCUGCACCCAGCCUGAGCCAGACCAUCCCAGAUGGCUACUCUCGCUGCUUGAUGUCAGGCCUCUUUUCCCCCCAUCUGGUGGAUGUGCAGCCUAAUGUACUCUCGCAGGAGGAGCAGCUUGAUGCUAUUCUGUCCACUGCUGUGGAAACCAGCUCUCUGGGGCUCAUCACUGGCUGCAUCAAGCAGUGGCUGUCCGAAGAGCAACCAGGAUCAGCUGUGAACCUGCGCUACAUUUUAGAGUGGGCCUGGAAUAAGGUGGUGCUUGCUAAGGAACAGCUUGAUGGCAUUUGUGCCCCCCUGUUUGACUGCUCCUCCAACUUCACAGACCCUCAAACCCUCCAGCUACUGCAGCACAGCCAACGCCUGCUGGGUAACCUCAGUGCCAUCUUCCACUGCCUACUGAAUGAGGCUCAUCAACUCACACAGAAAGGAUUGGUGGGUUUAAUCAACAAGAAUGUGGUGUCCAGCCUGAUCUCUCAGUAUGCCCAGGUUGUGCUGUGGUUCUGCCGGACUGGCCUUCUGCCCGAAGGGUCAGAUGAUGACGUACUGCAGAUAUCAAGGCCUUUCUACAAUUACCCAGUGAUUAAAAACUACUACACUGGUCGACGUGAGGAAUUGCAACGCCUCUCUAGGGGGAAGUGGUGUUCAGACUGCCUCAUUAUUGAUGGUCUGGUGGGCCAGUAUGCAGGCUGCCUUGGAGACUUGUGGAAACGGGACGAAGGAGGGACUGGGCAGUACCCACCCCCAACACUGCAUGCUUUGCUGGAUAUGCAUCUACUGGAAAAUAUGGAACAGUCUGCCAAACAUGCUGUUGUUAUAUAUUUGUUGCUGGAUGUGAUGUACUCUUUACCCAAUAAGAGUGGCACGUCGAUUGAGUCUUUUCCCACAGCGUUUGCCAUCCCCAUUGGCUUGGUGAAGCUGGUACAGGGUUUGUGGCUGCUGGAUCACCAUGACCAUGAGAACUCUGUGGAGCUCCUUCUACAUCCAGCAACCAGUCGCUCCCUGUGGGCAUGGCAGCAUGGGCGUGUCCUACAGGCACUGAUGUGCCAGGGGCAGCAUGCCAUUGCCUUACGCUACUUGCACGCCAUGAGCCCUCGUAUUUCCUCUACCUGCCCAGUAUUGCUCUGCCUUUCGGUCCUGCUCCACAACAGGUGCAUAGUUGAGGCCUGGACUCUGCUCAGGCAACAUUCUAACAAGCUGAACAUGGAAGAGCUGUUGACGUUCCUGUAUGAGACUUGCCUGGAACUUGGCCUGAUGGAGGAGGUGCUCAAACUGCCCCUUGGGCUUGCUGAACAGGACUGUCUGGAGAGGUUUCUGCAAGGCAGUGGGGGGCUCCAAAACCGAGAGCUACUCAUGGUGCACUACCUUCAGCAGGCCAACUAUGUUCCAGCACUACAGCUCAACCAAUCCCUGAAGAAGAACCUGAAUGAUCCCAAGUAUAAGGAGAGGUCUAACACAAGGAACUCCAUUCUGGACCAGUAUGGCAAGGUCCUUCCCAGAGUGCAGCGAAAACUUGCGACAGAGCGUGUAAAACCAUACCACCACUCCUCUAACAUACACAAAGAAGUUUCUAGACCGCAGCCCUUGUCAACAUUGCCCAAGCGGUCAGCGGCGGAUGUGCUCACCAGGGCAAGCUUCCUCAGCAAUGUUCUCACCAAGAUUGGGGAGGUGUGGGAGGUCAAAGACAGCAAGCCUGAGUCUUCUCCACUGAAAAGCCCCAGAGCAUCCGGACUGCUCAUGACGAGUUCACGCCACUCCUCUACAGAUCUGGCUGAGGCCUUUGUAGGCACUCCCGUCAAAAUGACCUCAAAAAGGAUGACAAGGAUUCUUAAUCUGAUUGUGUGGCCAUCUGCCCAGACCAGCCCUGAGGGCCUUGGUUUAAUGGAGACCCUGCCCCCCCAGGUCAUCAAACAGGGCAUGCCCAGCCCUCUUCCCGCCUCCUCCCAGAACCUCCGAGGCACCACUGAACUCAGCCUGCUGCAGACCCCACAAGUUGUGAAGAGAGCACGGGCUCUGGCUGCCACAGGUCCCGUAUUCCCAGGCUUCACCCCACAAUCUAUCCUUCGGAGCAGCCUGCGCCCCACUCCAGUGGGCUCCCCCUCGGCUUCCCCUGGCCGGUCUACCACCCCACCCCCCCGCCCCAAAGAGAGCCGCAUCACCUUCGAGGAAAGCAAGCGUACUGACCUCUGGACAAAUGUGAUUCCUGCAGCGAAUGAAAUCUGCACCUCUCUUCUCCCAAACCCUGGAGUGGAAGGCUGGAAUGGGCAGCCUCCAGAGGAGGAAGUGGAAGAAGAGUACUGUUUUACAUUUGUUCCACAUGCCCAGUUGGAAGAGGACCGUGAGAGAGAAGUGGGUGAAGUAAGCAAUGCUUCCACCCAUUAUAUAGACACUAGGAUGGAGUUGCAUGAGGCCCCCACACCUGAGGACCCAGAGGAUAUGCAACAAGUGAUGGAGGAGGAAGUGGAUGUAAAUGUAAGAGGUGUGGUCCCAGAGAUCUUCCCCUUGCUCCCCACAUGCACAGAGGAACUUGAUGAAACUCCUGGAGAACAAGAAGAGCUAGAGCCUAACUUGGAGCAGGUAGAAGUGGAGUUUAACCCGGCACUGGAAGUUGCGGUGCCUAACCUGGGGAUAGAAGUGACUGGGCUAAAUAUGGGGCAAGGAGCAAGGGAGCCUCAUCCUGAACAGUGUGUGGUGGAGCCUGGUCCUGAACAGUGUGUGGUGGAGCCUGGUCCUGAACAGGGUGUGGUGGAGCCUGGUCCUGAACAGGGUAUGGUGGAGCCUGGUCCUGAACAGGGUGUGGUGGAGCCUGGUCCUGAACAGGGUGUGGUGGAGCAUGAUCCUGAACAGGGUGUGGUGGAGCCUGGUGCUGAACAGGGUGUGGUAGAGCAGAUUCCAGAAAAGGAAGAAGCGCAAUCUAUGCUGGAGCAGGCGACUGCACCACAGACUUCCAAGCAAGGGAAGAGUCCUGAGCAGGAAGAGGUGGAGCAAAGCUUACAGCAGGAAGAGAUGGGGAAGUGCCCAGAACAUGGACAAAUGGAGCCCACAGGAUUGGAUGAGUUUGUGGAGCGCCAUUUAUUUGGCAACGAUCUUUCUCCCCCACUGACCCGUUCCAGCAUAAGGCAGGCAUCGCAGGGUUGGGCUGCCUCCUCCUAUAGUGAGUGUUUGUUUGAUGCUGGAAAAGAGGCACCUGUGGCAGUUGGCUCCGCCUCCCCAACACUGAUGACGAAGAAGUCCUCGGUGUCCUCUAGUGCGGACAUCACUGCCGAUUCACACUCUGUUGUAAGCCUAAACGACAGUGAGGAGCUGUCCAGGGCCAGCUCUGAGGAAGAAGACUCUGGAAGUGAUGUGGAGAUCAUUGAGCAGUUGGAGGGCAAAGAAUGCCAGCAGCUACCCCAAGAUGCCAGCUUAUUCCAACAAGAGCCCCCUCUUGGCUCGUGGUAUCUCGAGGAGCAAGCUACUGCCAUGCCCUCAGUGGUGACACCUGAUGUACAGCUGGAGACUGUGGAAGCAGAAGGGGAAGAGGAGGAGGUGGACAUGACUGAUCUGGAGGCAGAAGGCAGCAUGGAGCUGAUGUGUUACACUGAGUUGAGGCCCUCAGACACACUGCUGGUCCCCCUUGUCCCAGAUGACGAGCAGCACCUAGAUCUGCAGAAGUUGGAGGAUGCCAGAGAGCCUGAAAUACCAUACACUAAUGGCCCUGAUGGCUUCACCCUGGAGGUUGAGUCUCUGGAGAACGGGCUCACUGGGUCAAUCGAGGGCUCUAGCGACCCACUGCUGAUCGUACAACUCCCCCAGCUGCAGGGAACCCGGCUGCAGCAGCAGGUCCACGGUCAGGAUCUCAUCUGCUUGGACACGGUCAAUGCAGACAUGUCAUCACUCCCUGCCCGGACAUAUGGUCUUAUGACCCAAACAUCUGAAGAAUCAGCCUUCAUAGAACAGGAGGGUAGAGAGCUGCUGCAUAGUGUGGUCUCUGCUCAUCAGGAGACUGUUAUUUGUGACACCCAGUUGGUAGAAGAGAGGUCGAUGUUGAUUGAGAGCCAAGGCCCCGGUAUAGCUACAAAGGAAUCAAAAGCAAGCAGCAGUGAAGAUGAGCUUGAGGAAGAAAGAAUGAAAGAGGAGUCAUUCCUUGAAGAGGAAACUGCUUGUCUCGUUAGUGCGGUUGAGCCAGGUUCUUCUGGGCAGGAUUCAAUGGUAAAAUUUACAGAACUUGGCCCUGUCAUGGUGGAACUUGCCACUGUAUUUGAACAAGCUGGUCGUAACAUUGUUGAGGAGGUGCAACCUAGUGUUUUGGUUGAAGAGGCAGUGUCUAGAGCUGUGCCUAAAGAGGCAUUGACUGGUGCUAUAAUUGCAGAGGCAGUGACUGGUGCCAUUAGUGGAAAGAUAGUGACUGCAGCUGUUGGUGAGGAGAUGGUGACUGAUGCAGUGGUUGAAGAGGCAGUGACUGCAGUUGUGGUUGAAGAGGCAGUGACUGGUGCUAUAGGUGAACAGAUUACGACUGCAGCUGUUGGUCAGGAGAUGGUGACUGGUGCAGUGGUUGACCAGAUGGUGACUAGUUCUGUGGUUGAAGAGACAGUGACCUCAGCAGUGGUGGAAGGGGCAGUGACUGAUGCUGCACUUGAGGAGGCAGUGACUGAUGCUACAGUUGAGGAGGCAUUGACUGAUGCUGCAGUUGAGGGGGCAGUGACUGAUGCUACAGUUGAGGAGGCAGUGACUGAUGCUACAGUUGAAGGGGCAGUGACUGGUGCUGCAGUUGAGGGGGCAGUGACUGAUGCUACAGUUGAGGAGGCAGUGACUGAUGCUACAGUUGAAGGGGCAGUGACUGGUGCUGCAGUUGAGGGGGCAGUGACUGGUGCUGCAGUUGAGGGGGCAGUGACUGAUGCUGCAGUUGCAGUGGCAGUGACUGAUGCUGCAGUUGAAGUGGCAGUGACUGAUGCUGCAGUUGAAGGGGCAGUGACUGAUGCUGCAGUUGAGGGGGCAGUGACUGAUGCUGCAGUUGAGGGGGCAUUGAAUGAUGCUGCAGUUGAGGAGGCAGUGACUGAUGCUGCAGUUGAAGGGGCAGUGACUGAUGCUGCAGUUGAGGGGGCAGUGACUGAUGCUGCAGUUGAGGGGGCAGUGACUGAUGCUGCAGUUGAGGAGGCAGUGACUGAUGCUGCAGUUGAGGAGGCAUUGACUGGAACUGUGAUGAAAGUGGCAGUGACGGAUGCAGUGGAUCAAGAGGCAGUGAAUACAGCUGUGGUUGGAGAGGCAGUGACUGGUGCUGUGGUUGAACAGGUGGAGCCUGGUGCUGUGACUGAAGAGAUAAAGCCUGUUGUUAUAGUGAAAAAUGCAGCUCCUGCAACUGAAGUUCAGGAAAUGGAAACCGUUACUCUGCAUUCAGAGCCACAAUUAGGGGUGGAUGUUUCUCAGCAAAUGGUGAUACAAUGCAUGGAAGAGGCUGAGCUCCAUGACACAUCAGUGGAGGCGAGUUAUAGUGCAGGAUCAAAAAUCAGAUGUGCUGCUGCUGAAACACGCAGGAUGACCAGGCAGAGGAAAGUGAUCACAUUUCCUUCACCUAUAGACGAAGCCCAAAGCAACAUGCAAACAAAAGAGGAGAAGCUUCAGCAUGAUGUAGACUCCAAUUUGCCAUUCACGCCAACAAGGAUUACCAGGCACACAAAGCAUGAGCGGGACUCUCAAAUCCUUCUCAGACCCAGGAGGAAUACGAUGAUAGCCGUUGAGAAAGUGCCCCAGAAAGAGGAUAAAGCCAUGGUAAGCAACACCAUUAUCAACUCUGAACCAAAGUCCUCCAAGAAGCAGACCCCGCAAAACACUCUUCCAAGGCCGGGAACCCAGAAAACCAGAAAUUCUCACCAGAACACUGAAGACAUCCAAGACACAGAGGAUUCAACUGAGAUUGAUCUCCUGGCAUUGCCCAUGACCCGCUCAAGAAAAGCAAGAAAAAUAAGUGCAAGUAUCAUGGAGGUUCCAGGAAGUGAGACUCCAUCACUCCUGGAGGCGAAAGAAGAGGCACUCCACAGACCUGGCAUGAUGACAAGAAAGUCAUCCCGUGGCCUCUUCCUUGCCCUGGAGACAACCCAGGAGCAGAUCGUGGGAUUGGAGUGGAAAGGUGCAACACCCAAAAAGAACCGGAGGACUGUGAGCAGGAGCAGAGCAGUUGAACAGGACAAACACUCUUCAGCCACGGCCAAAGGCCUGCCAUCACCCAACUUUUCUCGGCGUACAACUAGGAAUAGCCUGAGCAGCCACCUGGCAGUUUCUAAGGGGGAGAAAAAAGCAGAGCACCUUGUAUUAGACACAUCCCUGGGUGUGGAGCCAGGGGCGGCGGUGGCCAAUGCCCCAAUUGGGGGGCUCAAGGACAAGGGGCUUCAGGAAUCAGGAGGCAUGGCAACAAGCAAUAGCAAGACCACACCCACCCGUGCUAGAAGGAAGGGCACGAGGGCACGCUCACCUCCCCUGGCAAUAAUAGAGGCUCCAAAUGGUACAGAGGAACUGUUGUUGGACAGAGGCCUAGUGGCUGACAUGAAGAAUCAAACCCAGUCCCAGGUACAGAUAGCCAGCGGACACACAUUGGGGAGCAAGGCUUCAGAGACCGACUCAUCCCCACUGAGAGACUCCUUACUGUCCUCACUACGUCAAACUAGGAGGAAAACCAAAGGAAAGAGAGCGGACUCUCCCCCUCAAAAUGACAUCUCUCAGGUUGCAUUCCGUGUUCCCACGACACGGACCCGACAGCCAGCUGCUUCCACCUUGUCCCACACUGUGAACAAUGAGGAAACUGGAAUGACGGCUGCAGCUGUUCAACUGCAGACUGAAACUGCCAAACCCAGAAAGAAACAUUCUACCAGGAGGAAUGUUGAAGCUGGGAGCCCACCAACCAUGAAAAUAAAGCUGAUCUCCCCCAUGGCCAGCCCAACAGAGCUAGCCCCAGGAGUAGAGAGGGAGGAGAAGGGGGAGGCCCCACUGCAGAGGAGGAACCUCCGCAGGAAACGACUGCUGGAGACCAUCUUCCCAAAACCUGUCACAAGGAGGAAGAUGUUAUAAUGGUGCCAUUGCAUACCACAAAAUGCUUUAUAUUUGUGGGAUGGGGGCUCCAAGUCUCUACACUCCCAAAAGCUGUCAAAUGAGGCCUCUUUUUCUCAAGUUUGUUGCCAGCUGUUUUCUAUUUAACUUUAACAAAUUGAAUGAUUUUUAAAUUGCUAAACAAAGCUACAUUUUGGUGAAAUUAUUUUAAUGAAUGCUUACAGAAAAAAUCUGGACAAUGGGAGGGCGAAGAAGGGACUUGUUCCUGAGCAGAGUUUAUUUUAUUUUCUGAAACUAAAAACUUUUUUAUAAAAUCGCAUAGUCUUUUAGACAAUGUUUGAAUAAAGUUGUACACUUGUGAAUGUUU